AUUGAGCGCAUCAAUCCCGGAAAACCAUAGGACGUUUAUAAAUUUAAAACAAUUCUUGGAAGACGUUAGGCUUUAUUACUGCUUAAAAGGAAUGUAAACAUCAAAAACUGUUUUUUUUGUUUAAAUUUUUCAGGACGAUGGAGAGUUUUCGGCAAGCGGAACGUUCUUUUUGCUGUACACUGAACUAUUUCAUUAGACUGAAGCAGAUUCAGGAAAUGGAUGGAGCGGAAAUCAUCUGGUACCAUGCAGCUAACAGCAGGGCCAAAACAGUAGAGGCAUUAAAAGGUUCUGCUCACAUGAUUGAAGCAGAUAUUCUUCAAGAUAUCAAGAUAAAUCAGCCAAUUAUGGCUCACCCACCACAGAAUGAGAGCGACAUCACAUUUUAUGACUGGCUGAAUGAGGUUCUGAAAUCAGACAAGGGUUUAAAGCUGGAUUUUAAAAGCUUAGAAGCUGUGGGGCCUUCAAUGAAACUACUGGAGUUGAAGAAGGAAUAUCUCAAUCGUCCGGUUUGGUUAAAUGCAGAUGUACUUCCUGGACCUGGUGGAACAACUAGCAAUGUUGUAGAUGCACAAAGAUUCCUUGAAAUGGUGGAUUCUUUCAUUCCAGGUGCUGUAUUGUCUCUUGGGUGGACUACUUCCUGCAGCAGGGACCAGGAUAAUUAUGGUUACACCUGGGAGAUGGUAAAACAAAUGCAGCAAUUAUGUAAGGCACUUCAGAACACAGUAACAUUUCCAGUGCGUGCAGCUUUGCUUCCAGCGUCAUUUCUUCAGCUUCAGUGGUUGCUUCAGCAAUCUGAAAGGUACACCUUAACAGUAUGGACAGGAAAAGAUGAUCUUUACAGUCUGGAUGACUUACUACAAUACAGAAGACACUUUGACAAGGAUAAAAUAUUUUAUGAUAUUUCCGAGGCUCACAGGACUAUUGUAAAGAAGACAACGGGGUCCUCUCAGUCUCAAUCAUAAAAAAUCUCAGGGAUUUUUAUUUUAAUAGUGUAAUAACUCUGUGUCUCUAUGCUUCAAUGAAGACGUACACCUUGGAAGAAAUGUAUGUACUUCUGCAUUGUUCUGGAAAAUCAUGGAAUCUGUAGAAUGUCUCUGUAAUUUAUUAUGGUUCAUGAAUUCUUUUGUGUCUGAUAAUAAAGUCAUAAAUGUGUUUUCAUGUGUUUUUUUCUGUACUGAGUGCAUUGCAAAAAAAUUGAUAGCAUAACAUGAGUACAAAUGCAGUACAUGUAAGUUAAAUUAGAAACCAAAUACACAUGAACACCCUGUUUUAAUUAAUUCCUCAGUUAUUCAGUAAAUAAUUUUAGACCAGUCCAAAGGGAAAUCCUUCUAAUUUAAUGUA